GCAAGCAUCCCGCAAGCAUCCCGCAAGCAUCCCGCAAGCAUCCUGCAAGCAUCCUGCAAGCAUCCGUCCAUCUGCAGCCGCCGCCGAUCCCCAUCCACGCCAUGCUCUUCCGCACUCUCGCCUCCCGCUGCUCGUCCGGCGUCGCAUCGGCCCUGCCCAGGCGCUUCUUUGCCACCCAGAUCGAAGACGAUGCCGUCAAGGCCGCUGCCCUCAAGCGCAACAACCGCAUCCUGGCGCUGGCCCUCGGCGCGGCCGCCCUGACAACCGGCGGAUUGUUCUACGCCAACUACUUCUCUCAGAGGGAUGCCAAGAAGCAGCAGGAGGAGAAGCGCAAGCAGCGCCUGCUCGCCGAGCCCGUCCCGGCCCUGAACGCGGAUGCGUUCACUCCCUUCAAGCUGAAGGAGGUGAUUCCCAUCAACUAUAACACGAGCACCUUCAGAUUCGAGCUCCCUGAAGGCACCACCGAGCUCGGUCUUCCUGUUGCCUCCGCCGUCGUCACCAAAUUUGUCCGCGGCACCAAGCCGGACGGCAAGCCCGACACUGUGAUCCGCCUCUACACCCCGAUCGAAACCCCCGGCGCCGAGACCUUUGAUCUGGUCGUCAAGAAAUACACCAACGGACCCAUGAGCACCCACAUCUUCAAUUUGAAGCCCGGAGACUCGCUCGAUCUCAAAGGCCCCAUCAAGAAGUUUGAGUACAAGGCCAACCAGUUCGAGAAGAUCGGCCUCAUUGCCGGUGGCACGGGCUUGACUCCUAUGAUCCAGCUCAUCCAAAAAGUGAUCAACAACCCAGAGGACAAAACCAAACUCAGCCUGGUCUUUGCCAACGUUUCCGAAACCGAUAUCAUUUUCCGCUCCUAUCUCGACUCGCUUGCCGCUGCCUACCCCGAGAAGCUCUCUGUCUACUACGUCCUUGACCGACCCCCUGCCAAGUGGAAUGGCGGUUCCGGAUACAUCAACACUGACCAUAUCAAAGCCCACAUGCCCGCCCCUGGCGCUGGCAAGGUUUUCAUCUGCGGUCCUAACCCUAUGCUUGCCCAUCUCUCCGGAAUCAAAGCUCCCGACUACACCCAGGGCCCGAUCAGCGGCCUGCUCAAGGACCUCGGCUACACCGAAGCCGAUGUCUUCAAGUUUUAAUAUGGACCAGUUGCGUCCGCAAGGAAGGACGGGCCAGCCCAAUAUCAGCGGCUGCGAUCGUCGCGAGCAGCUCUGCUCUGUUCCGUCUGCCUGCCUGUCUGUCUGUCUGUCUGUCUG